UAAAGUGCUUCGCGGCCAUGUUGAAAUAUGUACUGACAGUUAUUCCGUUGUGAUUUCUCUCAACUUGGAAAUAGAUCUAUAUUGUUUGUUUUUUCACUAUUUCACGCUCUUGUGCAAAGUUUUUCGGUCUCUAUGAAAGUCUUAAUUUCGAGAAGAUGGACCAAGAUGAACGGCGAAGAAAAUUAGAGGCCGGGAGAGCUAAGCUUGCGCACUUUAGACAGCAACGGGCGAAAGGCAGCAGUGCAAACCCUGCGAAGAAGACUGGGAAAAAGAAGGGACAGACAGUCCAAACGAAUGACCAUUCAGCACACGAGGCCUCCCAAUCAGAGCAUGCUCAUGGACAGGACAGCAAGGAGGAGCUUGAGGAGUCAGUGCAGCCUCUGGAAGAGACAAACCAAAUAGACUCGCAGGAACAGAGCUCACUUCCUGUGGACACAGCGGCAGCAGAUCAGCCCGAUGAGCAGGAAGACAUUUUAGGAGAAUUUGAAGCCACUCACACGAGCAAAGAUCAACUGAAGCAGUUACAGGCAGCGGUGGAGAAGCGUAACGAGAUCAUUUCACAGCUCAGUGUCAACCUGCAGGCGGCGCUAUCAAGCCGAGACCAGGUGCAGCUGGAAGCUCAGCAGCUGACGGGGCAGAUACAGGAGCUGCAGCAGCAACUACAGCAGGCUAAAGAGUACCUGCGGAGUAAAAGUGUGGGAUGGCUGGAUCUAUCUCAAACCCACAGGCAGCUACAAAUCGAGCACUCUCUACAGAUGAGUAAUGAUCAAAAGAUCCUCUUGGCUCAGAAGGAAACGGAGAUCACGUCUCUCCAACAGAAGCUGACCGUCAUGGAGGGUUCCCUCUUUCAGCUCCAGAGUGCUUUCACGUCAAAUAACAUGGAGCAGCUCAAAGUAAGCUUGAGCCACAACGGUGGAAUCCUGCGUGGGAUUAAUCCAAGGCCGGAGAACAACCUUGAAUCGAGCAGUGAUCUGAUUCAGAGAUUAAAACACGAACUGGACGAAGAGCAACAGAACAGCAAGCGUGUGCAGGAACGUGCCGAGAACCUGCAGGAGAUGGUUAUGAAAUUUGAGUGUGAGAAGGUUGAGAUGGAGGAUCGGUUACGGUCAGUUCAAGAUGAUCUCGAGCGCGCAGAGAAACAGGCGCGUGAGGUGCAGCAGCACAAAGCUGAGAAAGAACGACUCAACCAGGAUGUGAUGCGUCUAGACGGGCUGGUGCAAGAACUUCAGAACAGGCUUCAGGAAGAAGAAGAAGCGUCCAAGCAGCUCCGCUCCAAAUAUGACGCUGAAAUAGCCAACUGUGAGCUGCGUCUCCAGACCCUGGAGGAGGAGCGGGUGUUGAAUGUAGCACAGUUAGGUGAAGCACAUGAGGCUGCGCUUAAGCAUCUCAGAGAGGAACAUUCUGAAGAGGUCAGGCGUAUUCAGGAACUGUUGGACCAAGCUCAAAAACAUAACCAUCUCGGUGAACCUUCAGAGCUUGAUACAAGUGUCACCUGGAUCCAAAACUCUGAGGAGUAUCACAAUCAAGAGAUGACCCCUGAAGGUUCUCAUGACAGUUCUCCUGAAGCUUUUCCCAGUGUGAAUGCCUCGGUUGCCGAUGACUUAAUGGAGAGGUACUUGGCAUCUGCUGUCCAACAUGAAAGCUCAUGGAUGGAACAAAGUCUAGAGGAGCACAGCAUUAUGGAGAACUCCACUGUCUCCAAGUUAGAGUUUGAAGAUGAAUCAAGAUUUUUGGUUUGCCUUGAUUCUGGUGCCAAUGGCACAAACCCAGAUCAACCAUCUGGACACGAUGGCAUGUCCUUCACCCAGGUUCAGCUGCAGAGCUUCAAUACAACCUCGAGUGGGCUGAACCAAAGUGUGGAUCUGGGCAAGGAGCUUCUGAUCCAGCAGUGCAGAGACCUCACUGAGCAGCUGGAAGAGAAAGAGAGAGAGCUAGACAUUCUUCAGGAAGAAGUGCGUUGCUCUGCCGAAGAGUUAGAAGAGGCACGGGAGCGAUGGAGUAAAGCGUCAGAGGAGCUUGAGGAAGCAAAGUGGGAGCUGGAGACAGAACGAGACAAAAGGCUCCAAUGCGAGGAGCUCCUUAACGAGAAAAUCCAUGAGCAGGACAACCUGAAGAACAAACUUUGCUCCAUGGAGACCCCGAAAGAGAAAGAGCAGCUAACAUCAGACAUGGUGCUUGAUAAGAGCCCUUCGAUAGAGGAGUUUCUGAAGGAACUGAAGGAGGACAAGCACAAGCUUGUCCUCCAGCUCAAACACCAAGAGCAGCUAGUCCGAGACAUUCAGGAGCAGAAGAUGGCUGGAGAUUCUGUGAACUGUGAAGUACAGGACCUGUUUGGGCAGCAGCUCUCCUCCCUGCAGGCUCAGAGAGACCAGCUCAUGGCCCAGCUGGAGAACCAAAGGGAAAAGAACCAAACCACAUCCACGCUGCUAGAACAAAAAACCCUCGAGGUGGACUCUGCCUACAGGGAGCUCCAGCAGCUCCGAGCAGAGGUGGAAGACAAAGUGGAGAACGUGCAGAGGCUGGAGAAGGGCCGAGUAGAUCUGGAGUACAAGCUGACGUGUCUUAAAGAAAAUCUGCAUAACAUGGAGGAGGCACUACGUCAGGGUUCUGCAGAGAAAGCUGCUCUGGAGAAGCGACUGGAGGAGCUGGGUGAACAGAACAAGAGCAUGGAAAAGGUUCUGAAAACAGAACUGGAGAACUUUGAGCUGCAGCUUCAGGUGAAAGAUGUGGACCUUGAGAAGAUGAAGGAAGCCAGAGAGAAGGCGGAGGAGGAGCUCAUGGAGAAGGAGAACGCUCUGCAGAAGGAGCUGAGAGAACAUGAAGAGGAAAAGAAAGGACUGGAGGAGAAACAUCAACAGGAGAUGCUGGACUGGAGCGAGCGCUUGGAGAAGGAGCUCUCUGUGCUGCGCUCUAACCUGGAAGAUGAGCAGAAGAAACAGAUCACUCUAAUUAAACAGGUGCAUGAGCGAGAGCAUCAGAGGGAGAUGGCUGAGCUGGAGGCUCAGCAGAGGGACGAACUUGAGCGUCUGAAGACUGAGCUCUCUGAGGAGCUCCGAGACAGCAUGGAGGCUGCACAUCAGGCAGAGCUUUCACAAGCCCAGACACAGCACGCUCUGGAGCUGGAGGCUCUCCGUCUGAGCCUGACCAACAUGCACACGGCGCAGCUGGAGCUCAUGCAAUCCAACCUGCAGAAGGAGAAGGAGGCGGCACUGAGCGAGCUGCAGGCCAGUCUGAGGGAGAAGUGGGCUCAGGAGAGCGCCAUGCUCCAGACACGACAGCAGUUUGAGCUCGAGAAGGUCCGGGAGCAGAGCAGGGAGCGGAAGAGACAAGCUGAGCUCCAGCUUCAGCUGACCAUCGAUGAUCUGAAUAGCGUGUGGGAAAAGCGUCUUUCAGAAGAACGAACCUCGCUGGAGCAACAGCAGGCUAGUAAAAUGGAGGAUGCCAAGGCUCAGUGGUUACAAGACUCCAAAAAAGAGCAGUCGGAGCUUCAGGCAGCCCUGAACAAAGCCGAGGAGCGGUUGGCCGAGAUGAUGCGCAAGCUUGAGGAGCUUCAGCGAGCUAAACAGGAUGAAAUCAAGCAUCUGGAGUCUGAGUUGAAUCAGGCAUGGGCUGACCGAGACUCUGCUGCUCGUGCUGUUGAAGAACUGGUUGCUAGUCACAAGGUGGUGCUCCAGGAGAAGCAGACUCGCACACAAGAGCUGGAAGAAAACGAGAAACGGCUCAAGCAGGAGGUGGAUCGUCUGCUCACAGAACAAGAGGCACAGAAGGCCAGCUCCGAGCAGGAGAUCACUAACCUCUGGUCUCAGCUGGAGAGCAUGAGGACCAGCAGGCAGGAACUCGGAGAGUUGAAGGAGCAGUUGCUGGCACGUACGUCACGUGUUGAUGACAUUGAGCGGCUGAAGCAGGACUUCUCGCAGCAGCGACGGGAGCUCCAGGAGCAGAACGAGGCAGAGCUGGAGAACCUGCGCGUCUACUUCGAGCAGCGGCUCCGGGCCAGCGAAGAGAACCACAGAGAGGAAAUCGCCCUGCUGCAGCGGCGCCUUGUUGAGGGAGCCCUGGAGGACUCGGCCCUCAAGGCUGGAGAGGCAAGCUUCCUCUCUGAUGGAAAGGCUGAGGAGGAGAGGGGGAGCUUGUUGGCAGAGAUUACAGAGCAACUGGAGAAACACAAGCUGGAGCUGGAUGCACUUCGUCUGCAGCUGGAGGAGAAGCACAAGCAGGACCUGGAGCAGCUGCGCUGUAGCAUGGCUCUGUCCUAUAGAGAGGAGUUACUACAGGCUCGUUCAGAGCUCACUGAGCGCUACUACAGUGACAUGGAACAGCUGAAAACCAAACACGCCUUGGAAAUCGAACAGCUGCGGGCCAAGCUCUCGGACAGCCACCUCAAAGAUAUAACAAAGCUACGGCUGCAUGCGGCAGCGGACGUGGCACGUCAGGUGGAGGCAGAGCUGGAGGAGAGGUCCUUGCUCCAGACUCAGGAGCACCAAGCCCGACUCGCUCAACUGGCCUCGGACACAGAGAGCAUACUGAGCCUGGAGAAGAAGCUAGCAGAGCUCGCCCUGCAGCAUGGCCGAGAGCUGGAGAGAGCUACUGAGCUGCAUGCAGAGGAGCUCCGACAGCUGGAGGACCGGCUGAAGAAAAACUUCGCAGAGGAACUACAUACACGUCUUGUAGAGGCACAGCAGGAAGUGAGGACCCGGGUGACCGAGGAGCUCUCUCAACGGAGCAGUGAGGAACAGCUCAAGCUCAGGGAGCAGCUUCAAGCUCAGGCUGAGGAGCGCAUGGCUUCCCUGAGAGAGGAGCUCCAACGAGCUGGCAGUGAGGAGAGAAGAGAGCUGGAGCAGAAGCUUGCUCAGGCUGAAGACCUCCUGGCUGAAGAAAGGCAGAGGCUGCAUGCCUUACAGGCUAGUCUGGAGAGUGAGGAGAGCCCUCAGGUACUGGCCCUAAAGCAAAGGCUUGAAGCUCAGUAUGCUAGUGAGCUACGCACAGCAAAGAGCACUAUGGCAGCUGAGGUAAAGGAGCUGAACGCUUUGCUGCAGGAGCAGACUGAGAGCAAGCUAAAGGAGGCCACGUGCAGGCAUCAGGAGGAUCAGCAGCAGCUAGCAGAGAAACUCGCACAGCAGAAAGAGGAGGAUCUUCAGAAGCUUAAGCAGCAACAUGCUGAGGAGCUGCAAGCCCAGGCAGCACUUCUGGAGCAGAACAUUUCAAAUCUGCAAAAUCUCCAGAAAGAAUACGAGGAACUCAAAACCAGACACCAGGAGGAGCUCGACUUGCUCUCUUCCAAUCACGAGGCAGCGCUGGACUCCCUCUCUGAGAAACACCGGGCAGAGCUUGAUAAGCUGCAGGUGGUGCUUCAGGAGACCAACGUAGCGCAGCUCGAGGCCCUGGAGGCGGAGCUGGAGGCACGUCACAAGCAGGAAAUUGAGGAGCUGGAGACCAGGAUGUUGUGUAACAUGGACACACUGGAGAGCACAUACCUGAAGGAGAUUCAGGCAGUGCGCGGGGAGAACGAGGAUGCUCUCCGGGAGCUCAGGGCCUCACUGGAGCAACAGCAGGCUAAAGAGAGAGAGAGAGUGAAGCAGGAGGAUCUGACGACCCGAGAAGAGCUGAGAAAAGAGCUGGCACGGGUCCACAUGGACAAGUUUAGUGCCAUGGCAACAGAACUUAGCCACGCCCAUCAGUCAGAGCUGUCUGCGGCGCUCGCUUCCCAGAAGGCUGAUCUGGAGUCGGAGCACCACUCAGCGCUGGAAACCCUGCGACAGCACGUGCUGGAUCUGGAGACGCAGCACGGCGCCGCCCUCCAUGAGGUCACUGACAUGACCACCAAAGAGAAACAGCAGCUGCAGCAACAGCUGGAUGCGCUUAAUGCCCAGCACCAACAACAGCUCCAGGAACUGAAGGCAACAUCCUCCAGGGAGAUCGAGGCUCUACGCAGGGAGCUGGAGGAAGAGGCGGCACGGCAACGACUCCAUUUCCUGGAAGAGGCGGAGCUUUUGAAGUGUCAGUCAGAGGAGAAGCUACAGAAAAAGACUGUUGAGUUAAAGGAGGAAAGCGACCGUGAGAAGGCGGCUGCUCUAGACGAGCUGGAGAGAAGUCUGCAUGAGCAGCACCAGCAGAAUGAGCUCUGCUACACAGACAAAAUGAACCAGCUCACUGCACAGCUGCAACAGCUGGACACCGUGGUCUCUCAGCUGCGUGCGGAGGUGAGCGCUUUGCAGGGGGAGCUGGAGGGCAAGCGCUCGGAGAUGGACACGUUGGAGACUCUGCUGCAGCGGCGUGAGCGCGAGAGUCAGGAGGGAGCCAACCUCCUCACCAUGCUGCGUGAUGACCUGAACACCGCCACUCGGCAAAGACAUGACCUUCAGCUGGCCCAUGACCGACUUCAGCAACUUAUCCUCGAGAUGCUCCGAAUUACAAUUGCGACGGAGGAGGAGAUCGGGCGCAGGUUGGGGAUUUGUGUGGAUGGUGUUUGCACCAGGGGCAACACUCCAAAUAGGAAGCCGAGUGGUAACCGUGAUGCCCAGGAGACAGACGUGGACCAUGGACCGGCUGUUGAGGGUGGAGCAAACUGCAGCAUGCUCUCAUCCGUGAUCGAUGAAGGUCUAGAACUGUCUCAAAGGCUGUGUGAGAGUUUGUUCUCUGGCCCUGAUGGAGAGCUGGACCCUGAAAGAGAGGAUCUGGUGCUGGGGGCCUGCAAUCGUCUCCGGGCCGCAGUGGACAAACUAUUAGAGCUGGUCUCUGACUCUACAGUGCAGCUGGAGCAGCUGCGAACUUUGCAGUCCAUGCUGGACGAACAGUUCAGUGAGGAUGGAGAAGCAAAGAAUGCUCUUCUCCUGCAGCACACUCAGCUUCUGGAGCAACUGGACCAGGAGGCUAGCAUGAAGAGUCAGCUGCAGCUCGAACUGCACAAGGCUGAAGGUCUGAUGGAGGGUUAUGUGGCGGAGAAGGUCACUCUGGAGGAGGUGCUGCAGCAGAAGGAGUCACGUGAGCAGAGGCUGGUUAAGGACCUGGAAAGCACUCGGGCUCAGCUUCAGGAGCUCAGUGAAGAACACGCACUCCUUCAGAGGCAAAGGGACGCACUUUCUGCAAGCCUCGGAGAACCUGAGAAAGCACUGUUGGCUGAGGCAGAGCGACUGGGGCAGGAGCGUGUGGACGUGCAGCGACAGGCAGAGAAGGACCGUGUCGGGCUGGCAGGUCGGCUGCGUUUGCUAGAGCUGGCACUGGAGGAGCACGAGAGCCGAGCACAGCAGCAGGAGGAGCAGCACCGCACCCAAACCGAGGACCUGCAGCAGCACAUCAGCGCUCUGGAGAAACAGCUCAAACACCACCGCCAGUUCAUAGAUGAGCAAGCUGUGGAGCGAGAGCAUGAGCGGGAGGAGUUCCAGCAGGAGAUAAAGAACCUGGAGGCGCAGCUGAGACUGCCCUCUAAAGGACACGCAGGAGGAGACACCAAGGGUCAGAGGAUCGAAGACUUGGUUAUCCAGGUGGAAAGCCUCCAAGCGCUUAUCAAAGACAAAACCGAGGACUACAGCGUUCUUCUCUCAGUUAAGGAGCAGUGCCAACGUGACCUGGAGGACCGCAACGAAGAGAUCGAUAAGAUGGCGUCCCGCAUCCGGGAGCUGGAGCAGGCUCUCCUGAGCAGCGCCGAGGCCGGACGGGCCGUCACGCAGGUGGAACAGGAGCUGCAGAAAGCACGCAAGAGCCUCCAGGAACUGUCUCAGGACAAAGAAGCCCUGCAGCAGCAGCUGUACUCUAAUAAACUGCAGAUCUCAGCUCUGCAGUCCAAACUGGAUGAGACAAGGCACCGCUUCCCUGACCCCAGUGCUGACCCUAACCUCAGAGAACAGCUAGAGACGCUCCAACGAGACCUGAAGAACAAGGAGGAGCAGGUGGAGGUGCUGCUGGAACGAGUGGAAGUGCUUGAAAAAUCUCUGGCAGUGAAGGAAGAGGACGUCAGGCAGCUCUCGCUGCAGCUGGAGCUCAAAACUACUGAAAGCCAAGCAAGGGAGGAAGAGCUACACCUGCGUGUCGCUGAGCUACAGGAGACUGUGAGCAUGCUACGCAGACAGCAGCAGGAAGAAGGAGACGCCUCAGCACUGCAGCUUCCUGCUGCUCUGCUGGAGGAGAAGAACCUGGAGAUUGACCACCUCAACCAGCAGAUUCUCCAUCUACAGCAGGAGCUGGACACUACCAAAGAGAACAAGAUGGUGGUGGAGAGGCAAGCAGACAUCGAAGAUUUGCGUGCUCAGGUGGAGCGACUGCGUGGUGACCAAGAGCGUCUGCGUCAAGCCAAAGAGGAGGAGGCGGAGCAGCUCCAUGAAGUCAUACAUAAGCUGCAGGAAGAGCUGAGUCAGCUCGACCCCAACCGGCAUGAGGUCAGUGACCCCAACACGGACAGCCCCGAGCCUCCUGACUUCCCCUGGUCCCCCCGUCCUCAGCAUGGUGCCGAGGGGAGCCUGUGCAAUGAACUGAGCAGCCAGACGCUUCAGAGCUGUCGCACCAAACUCUCUGAGCUCCAGGUGGACCUAGAACGCACUGUGGAGGAGAAGGAGGCACUUCAGAGACUGCUCCUGAACCAGGAAGAGCAGUACGGUCAGCAGGUGGAGGCCCUGGGCCGCAGCUUGGGCGAGGAGAAAGGCAGGCUGGUGCUUCUGGAGCAAGAGGCUGGAGAGCUGAAGCUCCAAUUAAACAAGAAGGAGGUCGAGGUGAAAAAUCUCCAAGCUCGCAUCCAAAAGCUUGAGAGUGGCGAGAGGAACCUGAAAGAUUUGGAGCUCCAGCUGAAGAAGUCAGAGGAAAGGAUGAAGGAGGCACAGCGGGAGAUGACCAGGUUGAGUGAGGAGGCUCAGAAGCACAAGGAAGAGCGAGAGAGGAUGGAACGACUGCUCGCCGAGCUACGGCAGAAAUCUGAGAACAGCGAGAACACUGAGGCACAGAUGACACUGCAGGUUACAGAACUGGAGGAGACGCUUCAGCAGCAGAAAUCUGACAUCGCCAUCUUGGAGACGAGCAAGAAGGAGCUGUAUAUGGAGAAACAGGCUCUUCAAAAACGCGAGGGAAGACUCCAAGAGGAAAUAGAAACGCUGAAACGGGAAGUGUCGGCAAAGAGCCUUCAGAUACAGGAACUGAGUGUGCAACUGGAGGAGAGGGUGGCUAACCCAGAGCAGACGCAGGAAGAAGUUCUGACGUGUGCCGAGGAGACGCUGGCUAAAGCCGCUGCAGCUUUGCGAGAAAAGGAGGAGCAGUUGGUUCAUCUGAGGUUGCAGCAUGAUGUACUGAGAGCUGAGCUCGCUGCAGUGAAGGAAGGCCUGAGCACCAGUACAGAGAGAGCAGAGAAACUACAGGAGGAGGGGCAGACCAAGGACCGUGCUCUGGCUGAUCUAGAGGAGCAUAACCAGCGUCUCAGGGCCGAGCUGCGUGGCUUGCAGGACGAUCUGGAAGUGCAGGAAGAGGAGCUGGCCUACCAGCAGAGGGAGCUGGAGGAGCUGCGGCAGCGUUGUUGCCAUCAGGAGCACACCGAGCUCCACAGCGCCAAGCCCGAACAGCGCUUCCUGGACGGCCUUUCCCGCAAUUCAUCACUCUCUUCUCCUGAGGUGCUGCGGCGACUCGAUUGCAGUGAAGAGCGGCCGUCUCGCCUCCACGCGUCUCACCUGUCCGAGCUGAGCGGCCUGCGCAACACCAGCAUGGAGCUGACAAGCAAGCACUCGCCCAUGGAGAGAAAUGAGCUGAAACGAUCACUCGCACUGCUGCCAGAGACUGAUCCACCCAGCACACACUCACCUUCUGCUUCUCCACAUUCACUCUCCAUCUCUGAGAACCUCUCUGUGCUCAACUCACUGGAUGAUGACAAGGUACAAGAGCUGGAGAAUCUGGAUGAUGUGACUCCAUCUCAUUCUCCAUCUCGCUCUCCUCUCUCUUCUACCUCACCGGUGUCUGCUCCAGAGUGGGUCAGCGAUGGAUACGGCAGUAACGUGAGCUCAGAGCUGGAGGCCAAGCUGAGGCACGAACUGGAGCAUACGGAGCGGCUUGACGCUCAUUUUGUGGAGUACCUGCGCAACAGAGACAUGGCACCUGCUUCACGCUCUGACAGCGCAGCAGGCAGCCUGCAUCACACCUAUGAGCUGCUCUCACCUGAGUUACAGGCCAUGCUGAACCGUGUGUACCGCGAGAGCUGCAGAGUGUUGUCUCUGUCCCAUCGUCCUCCUCCUGCCGGACAGCCUCACCCAGGCUCUGAGGAGGCUCCACCCCCAUCCUGGCAGAGAGAAAGGCGGGCCUUGCAGGAGACGGUGCUGUCACUCAGAGAGCUUCUCUGCAGGAUGGCUGAGCGUGAGCCCAAGGUGGACGGUGAAGUGGACUGGCGGAGGGAGCUGCUGCAGGCCGUGCGAAGCGUGUUUGACAGCGAGAGGAAGUGCCUUCAUGCACAGCUUCAGGAUGUCAUGGCAACAAACACUGGCAUAGACUACACAUCUCUACUGAAGCAUUUGGAGAUGCUGCUGCAAAAACAGGAGGAGCAGCAGAGGAGGUCUCUGGAGCAGUUGCUAAGUGCAGACCGGAACAGUCUCCUGGCUGAAAUCCGCAGUUUACAUGAGCAACUGCAUACCUGCACGCUGCAGAGUCAGGAGCAGCUGCGAGAGCUGCAGAGCUCACUCAGUGCUGUUCGCGAGGAGGGCACGCAGACCCAGCAGCAGCUGCACACACAGGUUGGUGAGCUGGAGAGGCUGCUAAAGCAGGAGCAAACCGUGUCAUCAGAUCAGCAGCAGCAGCUGGAGGUACAGCAGAAGCUGGUGGUGGAGAUGACGGUGGAGCUGGAGGAGCGUACUCGGCAGCUGAUUUCGUCCAAUAAAAGCCAAGAGGAGCUCCAGGCUCAGAUCCACAAACUACGGCUGAAGCUGGAGAGUGAGGAACAGGAGCAUCAGGCUUGUGUGGAGGCUGCAGAGCAUGAGCAGACCAGAGUGAAGCAGCUUCAGGAGGAACUCCAUCAAGAAAGAACUUGCAGCAAACACACACAGGAGGAGCAUGCACACACUCAAGAGUCUCUGCGUGCCACCCUGAGCGAGCAUGCGACUCGACUGAGCGAGCUGAACUCUGCACUGGAGCAGGAGCGUGUAGCAGUCAGUAACUUGCGUGCCGAGCUGCAGAUAGAACAAUCUCGCUGUGAAGCCCUGCUGGCCCAGGAGCGCGAGCGCACACAGUUAGCCCUCUCGCGACUGGAUGAGGAACGUUCACGCUCUGCCGAACUCUCGCAAACACUCUCGCACCAAGCUCAGGAGCAUGCUCGUCGCCUGGAGGAGGAGGUUCGGUCUCAGGAUGCAGCAAGUGCCCAUGACAGGAAGUUCAUCCAGGAGCUGAGGGCGCAGCUGGAGCAGGAACGGCGCCAGGCCGAGGAGCUCGCUGCCACAGUGGACCGUCUGCAGGCUCAGGUACUGCAGGGGAAACGCAGGCAUGAGGAAGCGGCGCAGCAGGAAGCGGAAAGAGGACAGGAAGAAGUGAAGAGGCUGCGAUCUGCUCUGGAGAGCCUGCAGGCGCAGCGGGCGGAGGUGAGCCGCACCCUGGAGACCGAGAGACACAGAGCCUCUCAGCUUCAGACAGAACUGGAUGCCAUGAAGGAGAGGAUGAAGGAGGUGAAGGAAAAAGAGAGAGCUAGGGAGGAGCAAAGGGAAAAGCAGAGAUGGUGCGAGAAACAGGAGCAGGAGGACAAGGAGCGAAGGCAGGAGCGCACCAAAGAGAAACUGCUGGAGCUGGAAACCUUGCGAGAGCGAGAUCAGCAGCGUUUGAGACAGCUGCAGCAGACUCUGGCUGACCUGGAGCAGCAGGAGAAGCGAUUGACUUCAGAACGUCUGCACAGGGACCUGCACACUACUGACAGCAUCCGCAUCACUCACACACAGGACUCGCCCUCUUCCUCCUCUCUGUUGGAGCGCGUAUUAAAGGAGAACUCUGAGCUGGCGGAGCGUCUGGCAGCUCUGAGUGAGGAGAAAAUCUGCCUUAAACACACUGUUUCCUGCCUGGAGAGAGAUCUGCACAACCUCAAACGCAGUGAACAGGGGAAGUCUUCAGUGCAGCUAGACCCGUCUGUAUUAUCAGAGAAACUGGCCUGGCAGAAGGAGAAGGCGGCCUUGCAGGCUGCGCUACACAAGGCCGAGGAUGAUCUAGUGAAGGCCACUGCCAGGAAUGAGAACCGACCGAUCACUGACCUUUCCAGCAAUAAGGUGCAGAGACUGUAUGAAAAGUACCUGAGGGCGGAGAGCUACCGCAAGUCUCUGGUGUAUCAGAAGCGCUACUUGCUACUGCUGCUCGGUGGUUUCCAGGACUGUGAGCAGGCCACGCUGGCUCUGAUAGCAAGGAUGGGCGCUCAGCCGUCGCUCGUUGCCCAAGCCUCCCGACCAAUCAGCCGCUUCAGGAGUGCCGUUAGAGCAGUCAUCGCCAUCUCCAGGCUGAAGUUCCUCACCAGGAAAUGGCAGAGGGCUACGAAAAAAAGCUCUGCAGGAAGUGUGGCUGUUAACAGUGCAGCUGUAAGGACUGAGGUUCUGAAACCACAGCAGUCCGGAGCCUCGUUCAACUCUCCACCCACUCGUGACCGCAUUCUCACCCAGCGCACUGCCAUCUCGCCCCUGGUGCCGCCGGUCAAAUCUCCUUUCAGACUGCAUAACGGAGGUUACUCCAGCAGCGUGAUGGCUCCGUCCGAGCGCACUUACACCCCCUCCCAGGAGCAGGAGCGCUCCCUCGCUGACUACAUUCAUCACCUGGAGAGCGUCCAGCAGCGCCUAGGAGCUGUUCGUCCAGGUUCCCCUGCGACGUUCCCUUUUCCCCGCAAAACUGACAGAUGAACAAAAGGAAGCUCCUUCAGCACUGAGCCAGUGUUCCUUGUUGAAGAUACUUGAUUUAUUUUAUAAUAAAUUAUUUUUAAUCGACUUUUAUACUCCAACCACAAAUGACCACCUGAAUGUGUUUUGAAGUCUCUGUGACUUUUUCUACAUCUUCAGAAACGUUUCACUCCAGACGGUCUGUAAAUCUGCUCACACUUGUUCAUUUGUAUGUAGCUCUUUUUUCCUUUUUAACGUUUGCACUGGAAUCUGUAAAGAAUCACCGUUAUACUGCACAAGGACGCACGUUUAAUUCCUUUUGUAUUAGAGUUUUAUAUUAAGCUGUAGCUUUUCUAUGUUGAAUAAAUAUUUUAAUAAUUCAA